AUGAAUUCAAGGUCGCAGGUAGUAGAACAGGCCAUGUCAUCUAGGCUUAGUGGUUUGCAGAUAAGUAGUAAUCAAUCAAGCGGGCUGUACAGAGCGAAAGCCACCCCACCUGUUCUCAAGACACAUUCGGGUACUUCGCAAAAGGCUACUAAGUUUAUACCACAUCCCCCUCACAGACCAGUUGGAAUUCAAAGGACUCCAACAAGGACGGAAGGAAAAGGUGUUAAACCACCUCUGCCACCAUCUGAACCCAAAUCAAGAAAAACCGCCGUGAGGAAGUUUUAUGAUAUAAAAAAACAGGAAAAUAUCGUUGAUGAAGGGCGAGUCAGUGGUGAUGGAGAGUCUUUGGAAAAUGAGGAAUAUUUUGAAAAAACUCGGUGUCCAUCGUGGGAACGCAUGCCUGGAGAUGGCUGUAUUUCUGACAUUGCUGAGGAAGAUGAAGAAGCAGAAGAGGAAAAUUCCGACCUAGAGGAAAAUGAUAGUGAGAAUGACGUUGAUGCAGAGUGUAAUGAUGAUGACGAUUUUUAUGACUGUGAAGAGCUGGAUGAAGGUCAGUGAAGCAGUUAAAAAGGCCUUUGUAGGGACUGGCUUAGGAUGUCCCUAGCCUAAAUUUAUAAACCCAAUUUUUUCCUUUCCAUUAAUUUUAUAAUAAAUUGUUGUGUUUUUUAGCAUUAGUUUUUUAAAUAGCUUAGUUUUCUUUUGAAAUCAGCGGUUAACAAUAGAAAACAAUGAAAUGUCAAUAACAGCUGGAAGGGCUGGAAGGGCUUAUUGUAAUGUUUUAGCUGAAUGAAGCCUCUGCCAGGUUUUCAAGUUAACCUCACUGGCUUCUUUCAUGAGGAGAAAAAAAUAAAACAACAUUUUAAUAUUAAGAGCACAGACUCAGUAUCGACUGUAUGGUGAAGUUUAUUCUUGAUAAGUCUUGAUAAUUAUUAUUUUGAUCAUUUAUGGCAAGUGUACGAUUACUGUACCUUUCAUCUAUUAACUUGAUUGUGAUAUGGCUGAAGGAUAACUAUAUAUGUGGGAGUUAAUUUUUUACCUCAGGUAAUUUUUAUUUUUCCUUUGUUUCAAUUUUAUUAGGAUACAUUACCAUACCCAAAAACAAAGGAAACACAAAAAUUACCUGCGGUAAAAAAUUAACUACAACAUAUACAUUUAUAUACCUUGAAGUUCUACUACCAUAAAAGUGUUUGCUUAACGACCUUUUAAUGCCAGACAGAUACAUGUAUCCAUUAUUGGUUAGAGACGCCACCCCCAACUCUGACAUCUUGUAAACUGCCAUGUUUCAAGCUGAUAACGCAAAACCUUCAAUAGAGUACCGAAGUGAUGACGUCAUAAAAAUGAAAUUUGUGAAAUUAUGGGAUUUGUUAAGAUAUUCUGAAAGAACAACGUCCAAGACACCUACUCGCCAAAAAUUAGCAAUUCGGGGCAAAUUGUCUCUGAGAUAUUAGCCCAGUUAUGCUGUGACGACUCCAUACAAAUCCUUCUAAAUUUGGCUUGGUUCAUAAGAUUAGGAACCAGGUAAGAUUUAGAAGGAUUUGUAUGGAGUCAUCGGAGCAUAACUGGGUUAAUAUCUCAGAGACAAUCUGCCCCAAAUUGCUAAUUUUUGGCGAGUAGGCGUCUUGGACGUUGUUCUUUCGGAAUAUUUUAACAAAUCCCAUAAUUUCACAAAUUUCAUUUUUUAUGACGUCACACUUCGGUACUCUAUUGAUUCAUGAGUUGAAUUGUUUAUUGUUUUUAUGGUUGUCUUUGGUGAUGUCAUAAUUUAAUAUUCUAAAAUAAUUAAUAUAAUCUGUUGUAGUCAAAAUCAAUGACUAAACCCUUCAAAACUCAUCCCGUUGAAUUGUAAGACUGAAUCGUUUGUUACACAGCUGGUUUCUCCAAUAAUGAUGAUGACAAUGAUGAUGAUGCUUCUCAGUCUAUGAUAAGUUCUGCUGCCUCUUCCCGUGUUUCCACGGCUAAAGGAAGAGCAUCAAGUGCAAGAUUGACAGAUGUUGACAGAUGGUCUAGUGCUCUAGGGCCAUCAAAGCCCUUGUCAUCAAUAUCAAGUAGAAAAACCAAUGCAUGGUCGGCGUCAGGUGAAGAUGACAAGCAGGAGGAGCUUGAACCUCUGGUGCGGAGCUUAUUUGCCCAUGUCCCACCAACAGUUUAUUUUUUUGUCGAGGGUGAAAAAGGUAUUUACAACUUUGAGUGCUUUCCAUUGGAAUAUUUUGGAACAGGAUUUUUGAUCCGAGAUACUUCGGAUCAUGGUGCAUUGUAAAGUACAAUCCAUGUACAAAUUCUCUUAACUGGUCUCCAUACAUUUUCUUAAAGAACAAGUUGGGACAAUUUGGCAAAAGAUCAAAGCAUUUCUCUGUAGGUGAUCAUUUUAUUGAAUCUCAUUACCUUUCCUCUCAUUAUUAUGUUUUGUUAUGUUAGGAGAAAACUGAUGUUGAUCAUUCUAGGGACUUCAAGGGUCAAAUCACGUUGCAUUUUGCAAACAUGGUCCGUAGAACUUACAGUAUACUGUAGACCUCAAAAUUGACCCACAAAGCAUUGCCUUAUUAUUAUGGUGCUUACUGUUUAAUUGUAAAUGAUGUGUUUUUGUAUACAUAUAUGUUGUUAUACUAAUGAUAUUAUUGUCUUUUUCCAGUGACUCCACUUUCUGCUGAAUUGCGGAAGCUGCUGAGAUGGAAAAUGAGUUCCAUAACCCCAAAUGUCAUAAAGCAGUGUAUUGCAAGAGUUGGUUUUAAACCAACUAAAAGUAAGCUUCCAUUGGUUAAUAUUUAUUGAUGAUGUUCUACAGACCUUUUCAAUGUAAUAAGAUCGUAUUCCACUUUACACUAAGCUUGUGUUGAGUGUCCUGCUUUAGUAUCCGAGCAUAUAAGCCUUGUAGAAGAGGGAAUGCUUGUAAUAUGGUAAAUGUAAAUGUAGUAUCUGUUAGUUAGUCUAAAUAUCUAAUAGCUUUUAAUUGAGUUAUCCUAUCUAUUUUUAAUAAUUAAACAGGAAAUGAUUGGUUAGGAUAUUGGGGAAAGCACAUGAAGGCAAGCUGUUUCAAAAGUGUGAGAGACUAUCAAAAGGUGAGAGAGCUUAUUUGAGGUUGGCACUUAUUUAAGGGCGGCAUUUAUUGGAAAGUUGGAGGUGACAAAGAAUUGUAUUAGCCACAUCACAGAAUUAUUAUUUUAACAGAAUAAACAUCAUUUGAUUUUGAUUGUAUCAGGGCCGCAGCGCCUAUUCAAGGCCACAUAUAUUAUUUGAGGGCAGCGCUUAAUCGUGGGCUGCCCUUAUUUGAGUAAAUACCGUAUUCAAACACCUAUCAUAACCCUUCCCCACCCCCCUUCCCAGAGUUACACACAUUUGCUGUUUUAUCCCAUUAAGAACUAGACUCAGUGUUAUUCUUUCCAAACCCGCAGGUCAAUCAUUUUCCUGGGACAUUUCAAAUUGGAAGAAAAGACCGACUGUGGAGAAAUCUGUCCAGAAUGAUGGUUCACCAUGGAAAAAAGGUUGGUGUUUAAAUGUUGUUGAAUCUUGCACGAGAGUCCUGUAAAUUAAACUGAUAGAAAAAAAGUAGAACCUGUUGAUAUUGGAGUUAUGCAUGUUUUUUAAAAUACAUUAGAACCUCUAUUCAGGGGACACUUUUGGGACCACUGGUGGGACCAAGUGUUGAUCCUCUGAAUGGAGGUGCCCCUUGAAUGAAGGUGUCACAAAGGAAGAGGUUCCAUGAUGGUAACAUUCAAAAUUCUUUUGUUUUUAUUGCAGGAUUAUGGAUUUGUUCCUCAAACAUAUGUUCUUCCAUAUGACUUUAAACUUCUUAAAAGAGCUUGGGAUGAUGGAAACGGCAAACAAAAGUGGAUUUUAAAGCCGGUA